CUGCUAUUCUGCUAUUGCAGAACCUGGACCACAAAGCAGCAACCACAUCUGCCUUCACUGAGUACGAAUCUUCAGUUCUCUGUCGCUAACCAUGGUAACCCACAAAGAAUUCGAGAAAGCUGGCAAGGAACCAGGACUACAGAUCUGGCGGGUUGAGAAGAUGGAUUUGAAGCCUGUUCCAAAGGAACUUUAUGGCAACUUCUUCAUGGGAGAUGCCUACAUCUUGCUCCACACCACCAGUGCUCAAUCCUACAACCUUCACAUGUGGCUGGGAAGUGAGUGCUCUAUGGAUGAAAGGUGUGCUGCGGCCAUCUUUCUUAUGCAGCUCGAUGAGUUUCUUGAAGACAAGCCAGUGCAGUUUCGUGAAGUCCAGGGCACAGAGUCCCUUGAUUUCCUGGCCUACUUCAAGUCUGGGUUAAAGUACAAGAAAGGUGGAGUGGCGUCUGGCAUGGAGCAUGCAGUGACCAAUGACAUGAGAGAUAAGCGUUUGCUGCAUGUUAAGGGUCGACGUUACAUCAGAGCCAUUGAGGUGGAGUUUGAUUGGGCCAGUUUCAACAGCGGAGACUGCUUCAUUAUUGACUUGGGCAGUGAUAUCUACCAUUGGUCCAGUAGCUGUUGCAAUCCCUUUGAGCGAAUGAAGGCCACCCAGGUAUCUAUGGAAAUCCGUGACAACGAGAGGGGUGGCCGGCCGAAUUGGCAGAUGAUUGACAAGGACAAUGUGCCACAGGCUGUCAUUGAUGCUUUGGGGCCUGUACCGUCAGAAUUUCCAGCUGCAACCCCUGAUGAUCGGACUGCGGAAUUGUCUAGUCAAAAAAUGGCCUCUCUGCAUAUGAUUUCAGAUGCGACUGGUUCCAUGAAGACGACUUUGGUGGCAGAGAAAUGCCCUUUCACUCAGGACACACUCUCACCCAGUGAGUGCUACAUCGUGGACAAUAUCAAGAAUAACAAGAUAUUCUUGUGGAAAGGACCAGAAGCCAACAAAGCUGAACGUAAGGCUGCUAUGGCUGCCGCUGAGGCGUUUCUCAAAGACAAGCACUAUGGCAGCAAUGUCCAGAUUGAAGUACUUCCAGGAGGAGCAGAGAGCGCCCUUUUCAAGGAGUUCUUUGUUAACUGGCUGGACAAGUAUGAGACUACAUGUCCAAGCCAGGCCUACGUCAUUGGUCGUAUUGCCCGCGUGGAACAGGUUCCUUUUGAUGCCUCCACCCUUCAUUCCAACAAUGCUAUGGCUGCCCAGCACUGCAUGGUAGAUGACGGCUCUGGGAAGGUCCAGAUCUGGCGUAUUCAGGGGGGAAAAAAGGUUGAAGUGGACCGUGAAAACUAUGGGCAUUUUUAUGGGGGAGACUGUUACCUGAUCUUGUACACCUACAGGCCAAAUGGCGGAGAAAAGCACAUCAUCUACAUCUGGCAGGGGCUAAAAUGCACUCAAGAUGAGCUGGUUGCCUCUGCAUACUUGGCGGUCCAGUUAGACAAUUCCAUGGGAACAAGUCCUGUCCAGGUGCGUGUCACGCAGAGCCAGGAGACCGCCCAUCUGAUGAGCCUGUUCAAGGACAAGUCAAUGAUCAUCCACUUGGGUGGCACAUCCGGCAAGAAGGACCAGACGCGGGCGGCCAGCACACGUCUCUUCCAAAUCCGCCGGGGCUCCACCAAGGCCACGCGGGCUGUGGAGGUCCAGGCAUGUGCAGGGUCCCUGAACACCAACGAUGUGUUUGUCCUGAAGACUCCAGAAUCUCUGUUCAUCUGGAAGGGCGUGGGCUCCACAGCGGAGGAGAUGGUUACUGCCAAGUAUGUGGCUAAGUACUUAGGAGGAGACGCCACUGAGUUGUCUGAGGGAAAAGAGCCAGUUGGGUUCUGGGCCCCACUGGGAGGGAGGAAAGAAUACCAGACAUCAAAGUCUCUGCAGAAGGCGGUCAAGUCCAUUCGCCUUUUUGGGUGCUCCAACAAAACUGGCCGCCUUAUUGCAGAAGAAGUGCCUGGAGAAAUCGCUCAGUCUGAUCUGGCUACUGAUGAUAUCAUGUUGUUGGAUGCCUGGGAUCAGAUCUUCAUCUGGGUUGGAAAGGAUUCCAAUGAAGUUGAAAAAACUGGAGCACCAAAAAUUGCCAAAGAAUACCUUGAUUCCGACCCUUCCAGUCGUGCGGACAUUCCCAUUAUCACUAUCAAACAGGGCCAGGAACCCCCCUCGUUCACUGGGUGGUUCCAAGCCUGGGAUCCCAAGAUGUGGUGCAAAGGCUCUGUGGAGCAAGGCCAGGUUUCUGUCUAAAUUUCACACAACCAUCUUCCAACCCCACCACACCCAUGCAUGGCUUGCCUUAUUGCCUAAUUCCAAGACACCUACAUGUUUCAACAUGUUUCUCAUCUCUCAGAUUUUAUUCUGCACUUAAGUCCCGACAUGUAACAGAAACACUUCUCCUUGUAUUUUCCUCUAAUGUCACAGGUUAUUGUUUACAGUGCAUUUGAUAAGUACUAGUGGGUUUUGCUUGGAAAGCAUUAAUCAUAUAACAUUGGCACAUGAACCCCAGGGACCCCUGCGUUUGAGGACAUCUACUCAGGUUGUAGAAUAUUUCAUCCAAAACCAGGAAUAAAUGUUAACGCCAUUAAAAAUAUAUAUAUAUUGAAUACAUGUGUUUUUUCUUACCCUGAUAUCUGUAAACCUUCACUGUAGUGAUAUUUCCAUCAAAUGGACAGUAUUUCUGCAGUAGUUUCUCAACCAAAUAAAAACUGCUGAUGUUUAUACCUUCUCAUAUAACAAAUGCAACAUCAUAUCUGCUGUUUUCAUAAUGUGAGGAUGGUCCAUUCUUAAUAAACAUUCUGAUUUUAAAAA